AGCCGGCGCCAUUUUGAAAGUGUCAUCCCAGGAAGGAAGGGGCGGGGGGCCCAGAGCCGGGGAAGUCCUGGGCGCGACGCCGGCUCUGCUGGGCCCCCCUCCGAAGGGAUCCGCCGCCAUCCUCGGCCCCUGUUGCCCCUCCGCCCGGACAGGGCGCCCCAAGGGGAAGCCCACAGGGCCCUCGGUGCCCCCCUGGCCUCCGCUGGCAGAACAACAUGGCAGGAGCUGGUGGCGGCGGGAAUGACAUUCAAUGGUGCUUUUCUCAGGUGAAAGGGGCUGUGGACGAUGAUGUAGCAGAAGCAGACAUAAUCUCUACAGUAGAAUUUAAUCAUUCUGGAGAAUUACUAGCGACAGGAGACAAAGGCGGUAGAGUUGUCAUCUUUCAACAAGAGCAAGAGAACAAAACACAGUCUCACAGCAGAGGCGAAUACAAUGUUUACAGUACCUUUCAAAGCCAUGAACCAGAGUUUGACUACUUGAAAAGCUUAGAAAUCGAAGAAAAGAUCAACAAAAUUAAAUGGUUACCCCAGAAAAAUGCUGCUCAAUUUUUAUUGUCUACAAACGACAAAACAAUAAAACUAUGGAAAAUUAGUGAAAGGGAUAAAAGACCAGAGGGCUAUAACUUGAAGGAAGAAGAUGGACGGUAUAGGGACCCCACUACAGUCACAACAUUACGGGUACCAGUAUUCAGGCCGAUGGAUCUCAUGGUGGAAGCCAGUCCACGAAGGAUAUUUGCCAACGCCCACACAUAUCACAUCAACUCUAUUUCCAUCAAUAGUGACUAUGAAACGUACCUGUCUGCAGAUGACUUGCGGAUUAAUUUGUGGCACCUAGAAAUCACGGACAGAAGUUUUAAUAUUGUAGAUAUUAAGCCUGCCAACAUGGAAGAACUGACAGAGGUGAUAACGGCAGCAGAAUUCCAUCCAAACAGCUGUAACACAUUUGUCUACAGCAGUAGUAAAGGAACAAUCCGUCUGUGUGACAUGAGAGCAUCAGCGCUCUGUGAUAGGCAUACAAAAUUGUUCGAAGAACCAGAGGACCCUAGCAACCGGUCGUUUUUCUCUGAAAUCAUCUCCUCCAUCUCCGAUGUGAAAUUCAGCCAUAGUGGCCGAUAUAUGAUGACUAGAGAUUAUCUGUCUGUGAAAAUUUGGGAUUUAAAUAUGGAAAACAGACCUGUGGAAACAUACCAGGUGCAUGAAUACCUCAGAAGUAAACUUUGUUCACUCUAUGAAAAUGACUGCAUUUUUGACAAAUUUGAAUGCUGCUGGAAUGGAUCAGACAGUGUCAUCAUGACUGGCUCCUACAACAACUUCUUCCGGAUGUUUGAUAGGAACACGAAACGGGAUAUUACUUUAGAAGCGUCUCGCGAAAACAAUAAGCCGCGCACGGUUUUGAAACCCCGCAAAGUCUGCGCGAGCGGGAAAAGGAAGAAGGACGAGAUCAGCGUCGACAGCCUAGACUUCAACAAAAAGAUCCUCCACACUGCCUGGCACCCCAAGGAAAAUAUCAUCGCCGUAGCCACUACAAACAACUUGUAUAUAUUUCAAGACAAAGUGAAUUAGGGCUAGUAUCCCUAGCAGAGGAGUCCACUUUCCUGCAUAGUUCAGAUAGAUUGAACCUAGCAUUUGUACCUGUAAACAAUAGGAGGGAGAAACCAGAGAGCAGGAGAGCAACAGGGAGAGAGGAACGGAGAAGUCCAUUGUGGCACACUUUGCCCAGUGUUUUAAGAAAUGUGCCAUAUUGACAACCUACUCUUCUAGAUAGCUGUGUGGGCAACCUCUUGACGCUGGGGAGUGCUCCAUGUCCGCUAGUCAUUUAGGUGAGUUUAGGGCACUUUUUAACGUUAAUGACUACUCGCACCAUCUUGCCUAAUGGACUACGGAUUGGACUGCUGAUCAACUUUGGGUUCUGCCAGUUUAUUUUUAAUGCCUUCCAUUGUGAUGAUAACGCCACAGAAGCGAGGGGGAAAAAUAAGCCUUCAAGUCAUGCUGUGGGAGUUAACUGUGUAACCUCAUUACUGUAUUAUUUGUGGCCCCCUUUUUAUUAUGAAAUAACAGCCCAUUCCUGCUGUGGCUUGUAGCAUUCCUCCUAUGCCCUCCUGGACUCCUUUCCCCCCUUUUGAAACAACCCUUUUCUCCCCAGCCCUGUGAUGGUGACGGUGUAUAGAGAGAAGGGGGGAAAGAAGACGAAAAGCACACGAAAUGGGUCAGUGGUCAAAGGGGUCUGUGUCGCGAAGAGCAAAAAUGUUUUAAUACGUUGUUGACUGUAAUCACUCCUUGCCAUGUCUGGCAUUAAAAAUAAAUUUGGGGAGGUGGGUGGGGGGCUUAACCGAAGGGAGGAAAUCUACCGAAUAAAAGUGUCAAAGAAUGGUG